CCAAUUGGGCAUCCUCCUCUGCCACGUCACUUAACUUUCAGAUACCUUACCAAACCCCCCUCUCACCUCUCAGGCUCUCACACCUCAUGCCAUGGACUCCGCGGCCGCCGCCGCCGCCGCCGGGCCGCCGCCGAUGGCCGCGGCCUCCACCACCGCCACUUUCUCACCCUCUCUCCCAUACCUCCUCCAUGCGGACUUUCCCCGCAGCCACCGAGCUGCCAACAUCACGACGGUAGCCUUCUCCGCCCGCCGCCUCCGCGGUGUGAACCCUAGCCCCAGCCGCUCCCGCGGCAAGGCAACCACUACCCCGGCCCGCGUCCCUAACGACGGUUUCGGUGCCCUCGAGGCGGAGCUCUGGCGCCUCCGCCGCCGCGUGGAGCUGCGACUCCAUCGCCUCGCUGCCGAGGCCGACGAGGCCUACCACGACCUCCGCUCCGCCGUCCGCGUCGUCGGCGGGGACCGCGUGGUCCUCACCUUCCGCCGCUCGUCGCUGCGCUUCGCCGCCGGCGCGCUCCUCUGGUCGCUCGCGUUCGCCGUCGCGGCACGUUUGCUGCUGGGGCUGGCAUUACAGGCGUGGGGUCGGCGGGGCUGGGGAAGGGGGUGGUGGGGUGGAGUGGGUGGCGGCGAGGCGGUGGUGCGGAGGAGGGACCGCAGCCUGGGUGGGAAGGAGGUGGUGGUCGCUGUCUCAUCGUCGCCUGUGGCGGCAGCUCCGGCCAGCCGUGUCCCUGAGGCAGCAAUAUCAAGGGAGGUCAGGAGGAGGGAUCCACAAGGGAAGGUCCCGGAGUGGUGGCCGGAGGUGGGAACGACGAUGGAACCGGGGCCGGAGAUGGAAAAGUGGGCGAGACUGGCCAACAGACUGGUCCGAGCAAUAAUUGAUAAUAGAAUCACGGGGAGGGAUUACAGAUAUGAUGAUGCAAUUCAACUAAGGCAAUUAUGCAAGGUAUCGGGUGUAAAGGUCUCCUUUGACACUGAAAAUGCUCGUGAUUCUUUCUACAGGGCAGCAGUAAACUUUGUUCUAGAUGAUUGCAGCAGAGCAGGACAAGAUAUUGGAGCAGCACAAAUUAAUGGUGAGAAUCCAAGGGAUUUUCUCGCUGGUCUUGCUAGUAAUAUUGGAUUGGAUAAGUUUCGUGCUGCCACUCUUGUAUGUGCAUCAGUUGCUGCUCGCACACGUACUUGUUUCUUGCAAUGCUGGGCACUAGAGAUUCAAGGAAAACGACCAGAAGCACUGGAUGAGCUCGUGAAGAUUUGUAGAAUUCAUUACAUAUUCCCUCCUGAAGACAAUUCUGCUGAGAUGGAAAUGGUGGCUGCUGGGCUUGAAAAGAAUUUACAAGUUGCUGAGAGGGUUCACCUUCUAUCUCUGUACAGGAGUGUUUGUACUGCUAGUAAUUUCAAAACAGCUGCAGAGGCUCUUGGCCUGAGUUUGCCAGAUCAAUGAGAAUGCAGCAGAAGGAUUCACUUUGUCCAUAAUUUUGUAGUUCCAACGUCCAAAAACCACACCUCACCACGGUUGAAGGCUUGAAGCUCGUCACGAAAAACCAUUGUUGAAGCUUUUGGCAUUCUCAGUUUCCAAACAUUGAGAAUGCUACUAACAGAAGAUCUACCCCAAGAAUGAUGCUGAAUCAGUGGACUUAUUCUUCUCCAGUCCAUCUAAUAUGUAUGCAACAUGGGUUGCUUUAUACCUUGUACUCCAAAUCAUGUAGUUCUUGUCAAUUGAUAACUGGGUCCGCAUGUAAUCUAUUAACCCAUGGUAUCGCCACAUGUUCGUGAGUUUAACAAUCUUUUUGCUGGUCAACUGGUAUUUGAUAAAGUUCUGAAGACUUUUGGUCG